CUCAUCGUAUCUCAUCAACGACAAUACCAGCAACGGCAACAGCUAAUCGCAUUCUUCACGCUUCGUUGCUUCCUUCUUCCUCUUCAAACCCUUGCUUCCCUAGUCUCUGCCCUCUCUUCUCUGAUCGAGCUUCAGUCAUGGCACUUGCAGAAGAAGUUUCUCUGGCUGUUGAAGCAGUUGCAGAUCCGCCAGCUACAGAGCCGGUUGAAGAGAAACCGGCGACCAAAGCUACCAAGUCGAAGAAGACAACAGCUAAGAAAGAACCUAAGGAGCCAAAGGCUAAGAAGCCGGCAGGUCCGAAGAAGCCCUCUGCGCAUCCUCCAUACUUUGAGAUGAUCAAGGAGGCGAUCGUGUCUUUGAAAGAGAGAACUGGUUCGAGCCAGUACGCAAUUACAAAGUUCGUCGAGGAUAAGCACAAAGCCAACCUUCCCGCGAACUUCAAGAAGCUUAUGCUCGUCCAACUAAAGAAAAUUGUAGCAGCUGGGAAGCUCGUGAAGGUUAAGAGCUCAUUCAAGUUGCCGCCUACUCGUCCUGCAGCGCUUAAGCCAGCCGCUCCCGCUGCCAAGAAAGCUGUGGCUGCGAAGCCUAAAGCCGCAGCUAAGCCUAAGGCGGCUGCCAAACCCAAGGCUGCUCCUGCAAAGCCUAAGGCGAAGCCUAAAGCUGCCGCAAAACCAAAAGCUGCUGCUCCCGCUAAGCCAAAGGCUGCUGCGAAGCCCAAAGCUGUAGCAAAACCCAAGGCCGCUGCCAAGCCCAAGCCAAAACCAAAGCCAAAGGCUAAAGCACCCGUUAAGGCUGCCAGAACUUCCACGAGGAGUUCUCCAGGUGCGAAGAAACCGGUGGCUUCGAAGCCAGCAGCUGCCGCUGCUAAGAAAGCACCGGCGAAGAGCACUAAGAAGCCCAAAACCGUAAAGUCGCCGGCGAGGAAGGCUCUUGCGAGGAAGGCGAAGAAAUGAAUAGGGAAACGAUGUAAUUCCCUGAGGCUUAGUUCUGUAAAUGGUAAUAGCUAAUUGGGUAUUAUUUAGUGUAAAAUGCCCAGAAGCCAAGAGCAGAGAAGAGAGAACUUGUACAACACUAGUGUAGUUUCUCUUGAUUUUCUUUUUAUCCGUUUUAGCUAAUUAGCUUGAUUUGUUCCUUCUCUUCUCCGCCCUUUCCUCUUUUAUCUAUUUCAGAUAAUUUGAAAAAGGGUUAGAUUGUAAUCUUUGAUGCUAUAGCCAUAGGUUGAAUGAGAUGAUGAGUUCUCAAUGGUAUCUAUAGAUGAAUUAUCAGAA